AUGAAAGUUGCUGAUUCAUUUAUUUCUAAACACAAUAAAUACUCAUCAGGAACUCAAAAGAAAAUUAUUCAACCUGUAAAAAGUAUUAAUGCUAUGGAGGAUAAGUCGAUCUUUCUUUUGCCCAACAAUCAGAAAUUUGUUGAACUAGAUAGCUCACAGGCAUUUACAAAAUUAACUAAACAAGAAAAGUUGUACGCUCACUACUUGAGUCAGGCUGCUUGGAACGGUGGACUAAUUGUUCUUCUACAAACAAGUCCAGAAUCACCAAGGAUCUUUUCCUUAUUGCACAGAAUUUUUAAAGCAGAAGGAUUGGCUGAUUUAAAAAAAGCUUCCCUUGGAGCUGGUGUAUCCGAGGAUGAUUUUCAGGCCUUCCUAGUUUAUGCGGGUGGUUUAUUUGCUAACAGCGGCAAUUACAAGGGCUUUGGUGAUACAAAAUUCAUUCCUAACUUGCCUAAAGAAUGUUUUGAAGUAAUUGUUAAGUCAUCAAAAGCAUUUAAAAAUGACGAAGCUCAUAUAAGUAAACUGUGGGAGAACACAAAAAAUGCUAUGUACAGUACUGCACCCAGAUUAGCCAGCCUUGGUUUAGCUGAUAAGGGUAUAACAACAUAUUUCUCAAGUAACUGCACAGAGGCGGACUCAACUCUUGUGAAUGACUGGAUGAAGACUAAACGCAUUGAAGCAUACAUUUGUAGAACUUUCAAAACAACCGCCGAUGAUGGAUUACCUUUGUAUACAAUCCACUUAGCUAGUGUUGAGAAAAGCUCAAAGCCGCCACUUACUAUGGAUAAAGAGAAAUACAAAAAUGCAUACUUCCAAGUGACUCGCGGAGAUUAUUCGCCAUUAUUGAGUUUGGUUAAUGAAAAUCUUGCAAAAGCUAUGGAGUAUGCAGCAAAUGACAAUGAAAAGAAUAUGAUUAAACAUUACAUUAACAGUUUUAGAGAAGGGGAUUUAAGUGAACACAAAGAAGGCAGCAGGUUCUGGGUGAAGGAUAAAGGGCCAAUUAUAGAGACAUAUCAAGGCUUCAUAGAAACAUACCGCGAUCCAAGUGGUCAGAGAGGUGAAUUUGAAGGUUUUGUGGCUAUGGUCAAUAAAGAUAUGUCUAAAAAGUUUGGGGAACUCGUACAUGGUGCUGAAAACUUCAUAAAACUGUUACCGUGGGGCGAGGGACUUGAGAAGGAUUCCUUCCUUCGUCCGGACUUCACCAGUCUAGAUGUACUGACAUUUUCAGGGAGUGGCAUUCCAGCUGGAAUUAACAUUCCUAACUAUGAUGAAAUCCGACAAAAUGAAGGCUUUAAGAACGUGUCUUUGGGUAACGUGUUCCCCGCCGCUUAUAAGGAGUCCGUUAUACCAUUCCUGUCUGAUAGUGAUAAAGUGCUUUUAGAAAAAUACAGGGUUGCUGCAUUUGAGGUUCAAGUAGGUCUUCAUGAACUGCUGGGUCAUGGCAGUGGGAAGCUUCUGAGACAAAACGCAGAUGGGACAUUCAACUUUGACAAAGAGAAAGUUAAAAAUCCUCUAACUGGCAAGGAAAUCGAGUCAUGGUAUUCAGAAGGCGAGACUUACGACAGCAAAUUCACUACUUUGGGAUCCGCCUUCGAGGAAUGCCGGGCGGAGGCUGUGGGAUUGUAUCUAUCGCUACGACCUGAGAUACUCAAAAUCUUCGGUUACGAGGGUCAGGAGGCAGAGGACGUGAUGUACGUCAACUGGCUCAGUCUGUUGUGGAACGGAGCAGCCAAGGCUACGGAAAUGUACCAGCCGACCACGAAAACGUGGCUACAGGCCCACGCAAGAGCUCGUUUUGUUUUAAUGAGAUUGUUGGAAUUGGAAGGAAACGGAAUACUAACAGUCAGCGAAGUUGAGCCCGGCAAGAACCUGUUGCUAACAUUAGACAGGAGCCGUUUGGCUACUGACGGAAAACGAAUUAUCGGUGACUUCUUAGUAAAGCUACAGACCAUCAAGUCUACAGGAGACGUGUCGUCGGGAGAACAGUUGUUCACACGACUCAGCAGCUUAGAGGAGCCUUGGCUGAGGUGGAGGGACAUCGUCAUGAUGCACAAACAACCACGGAAUAUAUUCGUACAACCCAACACGGUUAUCGAAGAUGAUGAAGUUGUAUUGAAACGCUACGAGGCGAGUGCUUCAGGCAUGGUGACGUCAUCCGUGGAGAGAUAUACGCUGGAUAUAGACGACGCGCUCGAGAGCCUUGCGACACACGACCAAAAGUACUUCGAAGAACUCAGCAAACUAGCCGUCUGA